UUCCUCUCUCUCUCUCUCUCUCUCUCUCUCUCUCUCUGUGUCUGUCUCUCAUUUGUGAGCCAAGAUGAGGCCAACCAAAGAACCAAAGAGAAGCCGAAGCCGAGGCCGUAGCUCCCCAUCAUCACCAAUCGGAGACCGGACCAGACGCUCCCUCUCCGCACCGGGGUCACGCCAAACUAGACCCGCACUCACUCCCUCUACCUCUCUCCUGGACCGCGAGCUCGUCACCGAAGAUGCCACCACUCUCUUCGAAGACCUUCGAAUCUCCUCAGACGCCAACCCUCGGAGCUUCCCGUACAGCGUGAAGCAGCAGUGCUGGGACAAGGCCGAGAAGGUCCGAGGCCGAGACCCUGAGCGCUGGCGCCGAGACGCGCUCGGCAACCUCCUGUUUCGGAAGCUCGUGGGUUGCCCGGGAUGUCUCUGUCAUGAUUAUGAUCACAUUGUUCCUUACUCUAAGGGAGGACAAAGCACGCUCGAAAAUUGUCAGGUUUUGCAGACAGCUGUUAAUCGUUCAAAGGGAAAUCGGACCGAGAUGUCAAGAACUGAGCUCAUUCAGAAAAGUUCUUAUUGCCGGGUUGCAGGUCGUGACAUGGAUCUUCUCGAACUGUCUGCCUACGGCAAUGUCCGUCGCGGGCAAGACUCUGGGGGAUGUAGAAUCCAAUAGAAAUACUAGCUGUGGUAACUUCUUGUGAAGUUGAGUAGGAUAUGAAUAUAUAUACACUAACAUUUGCAUUAAACUGCACAACAUGUGCUUGAUUACCUUCUGUUGGUCAUGUAAAGCAUUUGAGUGGGCUUUCUCUUCCCAUCGCCCAAAAAAUGUUUUUGUUAGCUUAGGUCUCUUCAUUAAAUGUACACUGAACAGAUGGUGUCAAAGGCAAUCCAGUUUCAUGACAAGUGCUUAUUUGACUGCUAGAUAUUUCCU